AUGAAGUCCAUCUUCUUCAGCCUUUCUCUGCUCCUCCUUCUACAGAAGAAAGCAGCCGGGAUAGAAAUCUAUGCAGGUGGGACAAAAGGACACUUUCUAGUAAAAACAUCCCCACUCAUAUUUCUGGGAAAUGGCCAGUUCCUCUAUGGGCACAAAGAAGAACAGGAAGAGGCCCCUGAAGAGAGCAUCUUUGUGCAAACUAAGCACCAUGCAUAUGGCCAGGAUGCUGAUGCUGACCUGGGAGAGGCUCACAGUUCACAGGAACAGACAGGUUUAAAGGAAGACAUAGUUUGUGAUGAAGAAGAUGAGCUUGCCCAACAAAAAUCCCAGCUGCAAUCCCAGUCACAAAUAAAAUCCCAAAGCCAAGUGAAAUCCCAUGCAGCCCAGCUGAAGUCCCAAACAGGCCAGCUACAGACCACAGGGCAGGUGAAGUCACAAACCAAGCUGAAAUCCCACGGAGCCUCUCUGAAGUCCUACAAAGCACCACUAAAUCUCCGCAAAGAUGUUCCUCAGCAAAUCAAGGGCAAAAGAUACAGCCUGGAUGCAGACCUGGCCCAAGUGCACCAACAGCGUGCAAAGGUUCACAGGCUCAAGAGAAAGCCUGGCCGGUCCAGGAAAACAGCAGCAUUCUUAACACAGUUUAGACACCGCUCCCAACCCUAUCAUGGGUACUUCAUGCAGUUUCAAGAGCAGCUACAGGGCAGUAUUCAUCACACAAAAUCUUUCCAUCAUAGUCCUGGGAUGUGCUACUGUCCAAAAGAAGGGCUAGUUCUAUACCCACACACUUUCACUGGAUAA